AUGGCAACGCCAGGCUCCGGCUUUUGGUCCUUCGGCUCCGAGGAGGGAUCGGGGGAUGCGGAGAACCCCGGCACAGCGAAAGCGUGGUGUCAGGCUGCCCAGAAGUUUACGGGAGGAAUUGGAACCAAACUCUGCGCUUUGCUGUAUGGGGAUGGAGAAAGGCCCAUGGAAACCGGGGCGAAGGAGGACCUGGGCUCCACGGAGAAGACACCGGCCUGUACCUGCAACAACAAGCCCUGUAGCUGCCAGAAAGCGGAUAUUAAUUAUGCAUUUUUACACUCAACAGAUCUUCUGCCAGCGUGCAAUGGGGAAAUAACAACUCUGUCUUUCCUACAAGAUGUUAUGGAUAUUUUGCUUCAGUAUGUGGUGAAAAGUUUUGAUAGAUCAACAAAGGUUAUUGAUUUCCAUUACCCAAAUGAGCUUCUUCAGGAAUAUAAUUGGGAACUGGCAGAUCAACCACAGACCUUGGAAGAAAUUUUGUUCAACUGCAGAACAACUCUAAAAUAUGCAAUCAAAACAGGGCAUCCUAGAUAUUUCAAUCAACUUUCAACUGGACUGGACAUGGUUGGAUUAGCUGCAGACUGGCUGACAUCAACAGCAAAUACUAAUAUGUUCACCUAUGAAAUUGCUCCAGUGUUUGUACUUUUGGAAUAUGUCACGCUAAGGAAAAUGAGAGAAAUGAUUGGCUGGCCAGGGGGCUGUGGCGAUGGGAUAUUUUCACCUGGUGGUGCCAUAUCUAACAUGUAUGCUAUGUUGAUUGCACGUUUCAAGAUGUUCCCAGAAGUCAAAGAGAAAGGAAUGGCAGCUAUUCCCAGGCUGGUUGCCUUCACCUCAGAGCAUAGUCACUUUUCUGUGAAGAAGGGAGCUGCAGCCUUGGGGAUUGGCACAGAUAGUGUGAUUCUGAUUAGAUGUGACGAAAGAGGGAAAAUUAUCCCAUCAGACCUUGAAAGAAGAAUUAUUGAAGCCAAACAAAAAGGAUUUGUUCCUUUCCUAGUUAGUGCCACUGCAGGAACUACAGUGUAUGGUGCGUUUGAUCCACUCCUAGCUAUUGCGGACAUCUGCAAGAAAUACAAAAUCUGGAUGCACGUGGAUGCAGCAUGGGGUGGCGGGCUGCUGAUGUCUAGAAAACAUAAAUGGAAAUUAAAUGGUGUUGAAAGGGCCAAUUCUGUGACUUGGAACCCCCACAAGAUGAUGGGAGUCCCAUUGCAGUGUUCUGCCCUUCUCGUUAGAGAAGAGGGCUUGAUGCAGAGCUGCAAUCAAAUGCAUGCUUCCUACCUCUUUCAACAAGAUAAACACUAUGACUUGUCAUAUGACACUGGAGACAAGGCGUUGCAAUGCGGGCGUCAUGUUGAUGUCUUCAAGCUCUGGCUGAUGUGGAGAGCAAAGGGAACUACAGGAUUUGAAGCACAAAUUGACAAGUGCUUGGAACUUGCAGAAUAUCUAUAUAAUAAAAUAAAGAACAGAGAAGGCUAUGAAAUGGUGUUUGAUGGAAAGCCUCAGCACACAAAUGUCUGCUUCUGGUACGUACCUCCCAGUUUGCGCAGCAUGGAGGACAACGAAGAAAGAAUGAACUGCCUUCUAAAGGUGGCCCCAGUGAUAAAAGCCAGAAUGAUGGAAUAUGGAACUACUAUGGUCAGCUAUCAACCACUGGGAGACAAAGUGAACUUCUUCCGUAUGGUUAUCUCAAACCCAGCAGCUUCUCAUCAAGACAUUGAUUUCCUGAUUGAGGAAAUAGAACGUCUGGGACAAGAUUUAUAA